UAAUAAAAUAGAAAAAUACAACUUCUUGAACAUUAGUGGUAGGUAUGUAUAUGCAAGAAAGGCCAUAUUCCUAUUCGCUCGAUGUUCAUCGCAAAAUGACUAAUAAAUUCCUCUGUUGGCGCUAAAAGCAGCCACUGGGAAGACUCGGAGUGUGAGUGAAAGAGAGAGAGAGAGAGAGAGAGAGAUAGAGGAGCUGUCUCCUUUUCUAGCCUUAAACCCCUUAAUCAGAAUUCCUCACUCUCCCCCAUUUCCCUAAAACCCUAGCGUUCUCUGAGUAAUUUACACAUAGCGUUCUCUGAGUAAUUUACACAUACUUACAUAUAUAAUAUAGUAUAUAAUUCUGCAUUAUUCGCCUUCUUUCUUUCUAUACAUACUACGCUGCCCUAGAUCCCCUUCAAAAAAACAUUUUUUUUGAAACAAAUUUUAACCCCAUUUUCCAAGAUUUUUCAAUUUGAUUGAUUUUGAUUUCGUUGAUCGAAAAAUAAAAAUAAAAAAAAAAGCAUUUUUUUUUUAUUGGAUUAUUAAUCGGUUUGUGGGUGACGAAGACGAAGAUGUCGAGUAGGGAGGUGAUCAAGCGAGCUAAAUACAAGAUCUCAGUGAAGGACCCUGGAACUCCUGGUGUUCUCAAAAUGAAUGAAAAUAAGCUUUUAUUCAGGCCAAGUGAUCCCACGUCUGCUACAAAGCUAGAUGUUGAAUUUAGACAUAUUAAAGGUCACAAGCACACAAAGGAGGGCUCAAAUAAACCACCUUGGCUUAAUCUCCCCCAUGAUCAGGGGGGAAGUUACAUAUUUGAGUUUGAAAGCUUUUCUGAUCUUCAUAUAUGCCGAGAAUUUGUAGGCAAUGCCCUUGCAAAAUCUGGGGAGGCUGCAAAAGCUGCUUCUGUGGCAAAAGUUUCUCCUGCUACAAAAGUUGCUUCUGAGGGAUCUGCCGUUACGCAUCUUGAUGAGCAACUCAGUACCACAGAAAUGGAGCUCAGGAUGAAGCUCUUGCGAGAGAAUAGUGAGUUGCAGAAACUUCAUAAGCAAUUUGUGAUUGGUGGCGUGUUGACAGAAUCAGAGUUCUGGGCAACAAGGAAGAAAUUGCUUGAUGGAGAUAACUACAGAAAGUUAAAACAGCGGGUUGGUUUCAAAAAUUCAAUGAUAUUGGAUACCAAACCAAUGACUGAUGGUCGGACAAACAAGGUCACAUUUAGUUUGACACCAGAGAUCAAAUAUCAGAUUUUUGUUCUGAAACCGGCUGUUCAUCAGGCUUUCCUUAAUUUUGUUCCCAGUAAGAUGACAGAGAAAGACUUCUGGAGUAAAUAUUUUAGAGCUGAAUACCUUCACAGUACAAAGAAUGCUGUUGCAGCUGCAGCAGAGGCAGCUGAAGAUGAGGAACUGGCCAUGUUUCUUAAGGAUGAUGAUAUAUUGGCGAGAGAAGCUCGCCAGAAGAUCAGACGUGUUGAUCCAACUUUAGACAUGGAAGCUGACCAAGGAGAUGACUAUACCCAUCUACCAGAUCAUGGCAUCUUUCGUGAUGGUAGCAAGGAUAUAAGUGAAUCACAGCAGGAGCAUUACAAGAGGACUUUGUCACAAGACCUUAACCGACAAGGUGCUGUUGUUCUCGAAGGAAGAGCUGUAGAUGUGGACUUGGAAGAUCCAAGAAUUGUUGCACAGGCACUUGUGCGGUCAAGACCCGAAACUAAUGAAAAUGCAAGCCAGGAGAGGCUUGAGAGGAUUUCUAGGAUGACUGAGAUAGAGGACCUCCAGGCACCUCAUGAUCAUCCUUUUGCUCCACUGUGUAUCAAGGACCCCCGAGAAUACUUUGAUGCACAACAAGCUAAUGCGCUAAGAUCUUUGGAUGACACUAGAGCUGGAACAGAACAAAUGAAAUGCAACCUGACUAAUGAAGAAGUGUAUGGCUCCUUGAGGAAGUCCAUAUCUGAAAUAAAGACUAGGGGAUUAAAUGAUCCCAUAGUUAAGCCCGAAGUAGCUCUUAUGGUUUUCAAUGGGUUGACACAGAAUAUCUCAAGUAACAAGUAUCAACUUGGAAAGAAUCCUCAGGAAAGUAUUCUUGACAGGUUGCCAAACACAACUAAAGAGGAGCUUCUACAUCAUUGGAUGUCCAUUCAAGAACUACUGCGACAUUUCUGGUCUUCAUAUCCAAUUACAACAACAUAUCUUAAUACCAAGGUAACUAGACUGAAGGAUGCGAUGUCACAAAUUUACCGACAGCUAGAGGAUAUAAAAGCGUCAAUGCAGUCAGAUUUCCGGCACCAGGUUUCCCUCCUUGUUCGACCAAUGCAUCAGGCAUUGGAUGCUGCUUUUCAACAUUAUGAUGCAGAUUUACAGAAAAGAUCAGCAAGGACCGGGGAGACACCAAAUGGAUAUUCUUAGGAAAAGUUUUGACAUAAAGUUUAGUUCACUGGUGUCAUGCUGUUACAAUUUUUUUUUUUUUUUUGGUCCCUGCCUCUUAUCUUUUUUGCUGUGGCAUGAAAUUGUACAUCAUCAAAUCAAUUUUGCUGUGAGCUUAUACAGGAUAUAUUCAUAAAAUCGGUGUUUCUGUCCCCUUUAGUUUUGGCCAUUGUUGUAAAAAAGCGCAUCAAUUUUCUACUCUUGAUGACCCAUGUGCAUAUAAAUUUUGAGAAUAAACAAAAUGAACUUCCCUUCU